AUGGUGAACUUGAUAGAGACGUUCAGUCCGGUGAUCAAGUCUACGACGGUUCGGUCUGUUCUUCAUGUCGCUGUUUCCAAAGGCUGGAGUAUACGGCAGAUUGAUGUCAAUAAUGCCUUUCUUCAAGGCUCGUUGACGGAUGAGGUGUAUGUAACACAAACGCCUGGCUUCGUCGAUCAAGACCGUCCCCACUAUGUAUGUCGUCUUCGCAAAGCUUUAUAUGGGUUGAAACAAGCAUCGCGUGCCUGGUAUCAGGAAUUACGCUCCUAUCUUCUCACCCUUGGCUUCACCAAUUCAAUUGCGGAUACGUCGUUGUUCACAAGAAAAAAUGGUCGAGAUGUUGUCCAUGUGCUCGUAUACGUCGACGAUAUGCUCAUCACCGGUAACAACAAUGCUCUCCUCACGAGUUUUAUUGCCCAUCUUGCUGCUCGUUUCUCUCUCAAGGAUCUUGGUGAACUGAGUUAUUUCUUGGGUAUUGAAGCCACUCGCACCUCCAAAGGCCUCCAUCUAAUGCAAAAACGCUAUAUCCUUGAUCUUCUUGCCAAGACAAACAUGUUACAUUCUCGGCCUGUCUCCACGCCAAUGGCUCCGACACCAAAGCUCACGUUGACCUCUGGUACGCCGCUUGCAACACCGACCGAGUAUCGUGCUGUACUAGGGAGCCUUCAGUAUCUCUCUUUCACUCGUCCGGAUAUCGCAUUUGCAGUGAACAGGCUGUCACAGUUUAUGCAUGCACCGACUGAACUCUAUUGGCAAGCCGCCAAACGGAUACUCCGCUAUCUGGCUGGUACUACCACCGUUGGUAUUUUUCUCCGCUCAGACACACCCAUGACGUUGCAUGCAUAUUCCGACGCUGACUGGUCCCGAGACUUAGAGGAUGGUGUGUCCACCAACGCUUACAUCUUAUAUCUUGGGGGUAAUCCGAUUUCUUGGUCAUCACGCAAGCAGCGAGGUGUUGCUCGAUCCUCCACUGAAUCGGAGUAUCGGGCUGUUGCUAACACUGCUUCCNGUAGCCCAACUCGUUAA